AACCGAAGCCUAUUUUGGACCAAUGGGAGUUAACACGGAGGAAAUCAGCGAUUCAAGUGUCCGUGUUACCUGGCAUCAUUCUCCGAGCUGCUAUCCCCGGACCUUCAUCUGGAUUAACUACGAGUGGGACACUGGACAUUCUGAUAUGAUCAAGGUUUACAAGGACGCCAAUUACUAUGACCUGACCGACCUUGACCCUAGUAGAGCCUACACGGUCAAAGUAACCACUGACUAUGGCGGAAUCAAAAGUAAACCAGUCGCGGUAUCCUUUAAGACUUUGGAUGCUCCGGCCCAACCCGGGAUUGGCACAGGAGCGAUUGCUGGAAUAGCCAUAGGGGCGCUGUUGAUAGUAGUAGUACUAGGUGUAGGCAUCUUCGUGUGGAAAACAGGGAAGGCAGCAGCCAUGAUGAAACGUCGGCGAAGUCGCUACACCACACGGCGCACAUAUCAAGAACCCCCUCGGGGAAAGCUGAACAAUGCCGAAGCCAAAGUAAUGUCUUACAAGAACAAUGCGUACAAUGCGGAUGAUGACAUCUACCAGUACGGCAGUAUGGAGUUCGGGUUGGAGCAACCCUGGUACAUCUCGAAGGAUAAUCUCAAGUUGCAGCAGGAGCUGCAGGUUGGCAAGUUUGCUCGGAUACUCAAGGCCACGUACAAACAUGGCGCACAGUCAACAGAGGUGGUGGCUAAAGUGCUAAAAGAUGAGGUGAAUGAUGCCAGCAGACUUAUGAUGUUGGCAAAGAUCAACUUUGCAGCAACCCAGGUUGGAGAACACAGAAAUGUCCUGAAAUUUAUCGGGGCAGUUGUCAACAACGAUGCAUUGGGACCUGUGAUGGUCCUAGAAAUCUGCAGAAAGGGACAGCUGGACAAAUGGUUAUCAAGUCACCAGAAUAAGAUCAACGAUGAAAUCAUGGAGAAGGUCAACCUGUUUGCCCUCGGAGUAGCUCGGGGCAUGGCUUACCUGGCCGACAAGGGCAUCGUUCAUCGGAAGCUAGGGGCCCGCAACUGCCUUCUCACAUCCUCCGACGAGGUCAAGGUAACAGGAUUUGGUCCCUGUAAAUUGGAAGAGGAUGGUGAAGACAACAAUGCUAAAUCGGAUAAAAUCCCUGUGAAGUGGACGGCUCCAGAGUGUUUUCAGUCUCUGAAGGGAGCCAACGAGAAGAGUGACAGCUGGUCCUUUGGCAUCACUAUGUGGGAGAUCUUCAGUAUGGGCAAAACUCCAUACGAUGGUGUAAGAAGCCGAGAUCUGCCCACAAAGAUUCGAAACGGACAUCGUCUCAAGAAACCCGAGUUUGCAGAAGACGUUCACUACGAACUCAUGCAAACUUGUUGGAAGAGCUCUCCCCAAGCACGGCCUACAUUUGCGGAGAUGUUGGGGAAACUGCAGGCGCUAUUUGGCCUGACUCCUUCAUCUGAUGAAACGUAUUACUACGCUAGCUAGUUUAAUGAAGUCGAUUGUAACAAAUUAAAUAGUUGUAGUUACAAUCACCAGAACAAAGAAACUGUAAUUUUAUAACCACUGCUAAUGCUGAAAUAAUUUUGCUUUUAAGUCACUUUUGAAUAUGCUUAUAAUGUUGCUGUUUUGCUUGUGUUAACAGUAUCCUCGUCUUAUGUUCAAGAUCCGUGUUGCUUUCAUAUAAUCAUAAUCAGAAUCAUGAUCAUAAUAAUGAUAUUAUUUUAUAAUUAGGAGGCGUAGUUGUCACUAUUGAUACUUAUUACCUGUUUGACAAUGUUCAAUUUGACAGCGAUUGGGAAGUCUAAGAAAGUAAUUGUAUAUAAUUUUGCUUUCUUCCACAUUCUGAAGUAAUAAUUUCAUGAAUUUAAAUUCAUUGUAUUACUAAAAGGUGUAUUGAAAGGAUAACAUGGUCACACAAUAUGUCACUCUUGAAGUCAUGUGUUUACUCUAUGGACAAGUAUUAGGAUGACCCUUUUGGGUGUUAACUUUCAUAUUGAUGUAAAUGUCAUACCAUGUGAUGACAAGGCAACAGUUUGACUACAAUUAAGAUCGCAUUCUGUAACAUUUUAUGAUCAACACUGUCUUCGUAACACUGGAUUCAUAGACAGUGCCAACUCUUCAAAUAUCCCGAUUAAAUAUUCUAACCUCCUGGUUAACUUAUAUCAAAGUAGUGUUGGCUCCCUGUCAAACCCUCAAUACAAUUUACUAUUUUCCAAAGGAUGCACGCAGGUGGUGUUAGAAGCCCACGUAAAAUGCAAAAAUAUGCCAGUCAACACGACACAUUAAGUUGCAUAUCAUCUACAGUCAAGUCCCGUUAAUUCGACAUCGAUGGUUGCAUAUGAUUAUGUAGGAUUAACGAGUAUGUCGGAUAAACGAAACUUAGUAGUAUCAACGUUCGUGAUCGAAAAUCGGACAACUACACGA